UUGGGAGCGUACCGGGGCUUUGCAUCUGGAUUUUUACGCGUUGGACGGUCGGUCGGUCCACGCCCACUAGACAGUCCGCUUCCCCCGCUGCGGUCCACGCACUCCGCACACACUCGGCUGAGGGAUUUUUUCACCCGCAGCGUAGACCUGUCGUCCUCCCCUCCCUUUGUACAGCUCCUUCAAUUUGACAAAUCUGUCUUUUCUUUUCUUUCCCAUGGCCUUGCGUGGCGUGAUCUGCACUCAGCAGCGCAAUAGUUAAUGAGUGCCGGAUGCGCCCUCGCUCCAGCAGACCGCUACAGUACGAAGAUGGCGUCGGAGGGAGCCAGCCGAGAGCAGCCUCCUCCGGUACAAACACUGGCAACCGCGGUGCUGGGAAGUGUCGACACGAAAUGUGAGUUCAACAUGGAUAACUUGAGCAAGCCAGAGCUGCUCACCCUGCUGAGUAUCAUGGAGGGGGAGCUGGAGGCCCGCGACCUGGUCAUAGAGGCCCUGAGGGCUCAAAGAAAAGAGGUGUUUCUUCAAGAGCGAUACGGUCACUACAGCCUGACCGACCCCUUCCUGGCACUUCAGAGGGACUUUGAGCGCGGGGUCCCCGGAGGAGACAAGGAGCGGCGGCCCCUGGGCUCCAGCCCCAUCUCCAUCCUGGAGGCCGUCAUGGCCCACUGCAGGAAGAUGCAGGAGCGCAUGUCGGCCCAGCUGGCCGCCGCCGAGAGCCGCCAGAAGAGGCUGGAGAUGGAGAAGCUGCAGCUCCAGAGUCUGGAGCAGGAGCACCGCAAGCUGACAGCGCAGCUGAAGGACGAGCGUGAGAAGAACAAGCACAUUGUCAUGAUGUUGGUGCGCGAGUGCAAGCAGCUUGCCACGCGAGUCGUAGAGGAGUCUCAGCGCUUCGACGAGCUCCAGGCUCGCGUGGACGAGGAGAGCCGCACCUCUGGCCGGCUGCAGGAGGAGCUGAGCACCGAGCGACAGCGCAGCCAACAGAUGGAAGCCAAGAUGGAAAAGCAGCUGUCGGAGUUUGACACGGAGCGGGAACAGCUGCGGGCCAGGCUGGGCCGCGAGGAGGUCGAGAGCCAGAGUCUGCGGCAGCAGGUGGAGCAGCUCAGGACUGAACAGGGCGAUAGGAAGGAUGGUGCCGCUAACGCCCAGCCUGCUGCUCCCGCCGGUGCAGAACCUGCUGCUGCCGCCAGCACACCACCCAAACCUAAAGUAGUGAUGUCUGUUUCUGUAGCCACAGAGCCCAUCAGCUCUCGAACAGCGUCUUGCCAAACGGACCUGCCCCCCACUGAGGUGGAGGGUCCCAAGAAGAACCCCCUCACCAUACCUGUCAAACCAACCCCUGCCAACUAUGUGGGCCUGAGUCUGCCAAAGACGAGUGGGAGGGGGAUCGUCCACAGCAGCUCAGGAGGACUGGCGCAGACAGAGAAUGGCUCAGAGGGCCAAGCCCCCCACGGGUUACCUAGUGGAGUCAGCCCCCGUGUCCAGGCGGCCCGCUACAAGUUCCAGGAACAGGACCAAAAUGGCACGUCGUCCCAGAGUCCUCCGGCCCGUGAUCCGUCCCCCACCAACCGUGACAACUUUGCCGCCAAGCAGCAAGCACGCCACACGGUCACACAGGUCCUUUCGCGCUUCACAAGCCCUCCAGCAGGAGGCGGACCCCUGCGUCCAGGCCUGCCACACUCUGCGUCGGAGGGGGGCCCUUUUCCCGGCCGCCUGGGCCAUCCAAUUGGCCUCAAGUCGCCCACGGUGGCCAGGAUCGACCGGGGAAACCCUCCCCCUAUUCCUCCCAAAAAGCCAGGGCUUUCCCAGACCCCUUCUCCUCCUCAUCCACCCAUCAAGGGGGUGGGGGACAGCAACCGUUCUGGGGCUGGGCUGAAACCAGCCACGCCCCAGCUGCCGCCCAAACCCGCCCUGGACCUGGUCCCAGCCCUGACGGCCUCUCAGGUGGGUGCCUGCUCCCCGGGGCCUGGCCGGGGCCCUCAGCGGCAGCCGGCAGCAGCAUGUGCAGAGUGCCCCCCUGUCAUCAGCUCUGCCACCACUGUCAGUAGCCCCUCCUCCAUAAACCCCCCCUCCAACUCCUCUUCCAUUAGUGCUUCAUCCUCCCGUAGCCCCCGAGCCUCCGCAGGCAGCCCCCUGGCAACAGCAUCAGGCUGGUGUCCCUCCGUAGUCUCCCCUCUCAGCGGCGGAGGGCCUGCUGCCCUGGACAGCGGGCGCCCCCUGCUCCCCCAAGCUGCUUCCCAGGGAAAUGUCACUUUAUUGUCAAUGCUGCUUAACCAACCAGACCCGACCACCACUACCACCUCCAACACCAUGUCCACCAACACCACCUCUACCACCGCCAUGGACAACGAACCCCAUCAUCUUGACCAAGACCACCACCUCUACCACAACCACAACCACACCUCUGCCUUGUUUGCUGCUGCUCAGAAUGGACACACAGAGUGUGUGAAGCUGCUGCUGUCUUCGGGAUCGCCUGCUGAUGUCGCCGAUGAAAAUGGAUUCACACCUUUACACGUUGCUGCCGCCCACGGCCACAGCAGCUGUGUGGAGGUGCUGCUGUCUGCAGGAGCUGCUGUGGACUCAGCGGCGGCGGGGGGGCAGACCUCCCUCUUCUUGGCCUGCGAAGCAGGAAGCCUGGACUGUGUCCGGGUCCUCCUGAGCGCCGGAGCCGAUCGCUCGUGCACCACCACGGACGGCUGCACGGCUCUCCACGCAACGGUGCGCUCCGGAGACGUGGACACGCUGCGUCUCCUCCUCUGCCACCCGACCCAGGGUGACCCCACUGUGACGCCUGAGCCGCCCCCCACCCUGGCAUUGCCUGCUGCCCUGCUGAACCAGGCCAACAGCGACGGCUGGACGGCUGCACACAUGGCUGCCGCCCUGGGCCUCAAGGAGUGUCUGGAGGUGCUCUGCAGCCACAGUGAACAGGACAUUGAGCGGAGGGAUAAGUGCAAUCGCACUAUUCAUGACGUUGCAACUGAUGACUGCAAAGAUCUACUUGAAAACCUCCACUUGUACCGGGUCCUGGUGCGUCUCCAUUGUUCAGGUGGAGGCGGGGCGGGGUCCAUGUGUCCUGUGGAGGCCCUGGAGGAGGAGGCGAAGGGUGUCACCAGCAGCCAGUUGGUGCUGGGCAGAGUGUCGGUCGACCGCUCCAUGCGUUGGUCUCAGCUGGGCUCCACCCUCAGCAACACCUUCGCCUCCUACCUCCAGACCGUCUGUGGGGAAUCGCAGACGGCCAGGGAGGAGGCGCAACGCCCCCCGCUAGGCCUCAGUCCCGCCAGUAUCGCCUCCAUCCUUAUAGGCGACACUGAGUGGUUGCCUGAUCAGGAGCUGCCUUUAUCCCCCUGGGACCUGGUCCGAAAGCCUCUCAGCCAGUGCAUCACCAUCCGCCUCAAAGGUCUGUCUGAGUCGUGUCUGGAUGAGUUGGCUAUGGAAUACCUCUUCCCCCUGCCUCUGCUGCAAAACUACGUCCGCCUGGUGGAGCAGUAUGGAAACCUCAUCUUUCAGGGGCUGGAGGGCAGCUGUCAGGAGUACAUCGCCAGUCUGGUCGCUCGCUGCAUCAAGUCCAAGCAGGAGAUGGGGGGGCUCGGCUGUGACGUGGUGAGGGUGGAGGUGGACGAGAGCCUGACCAAAGAGCAGCUGCUGGAGACUUUCAUCACCUGUGGCUUCCUGGUGCCGGCGGUGGGGUCGGGGGUCAGCGGGCCAGCCGGUACCACGGCCCACUGUGUGGUGGUGCUGCUGGAGGGACUGGAGAAGGCUUCAUCCCUAACAGGCCUGCUGGGAGACCUCUGCCAGGGCCUGGACAACAGGCACUCUGCCUCCCCGCUGGUCCUGAACACCGGUCUCCACCACUUCUGCGAAGGCAGCUUCCUGAUUGCGACGCUGUCCAAGUCCCGGCUGCAGGGUGCAGAGCUGCGCCUGCAGCAGCACUUCCGCUGGGUAACGCUGCGCUGGGAUCAGGAGCCGCUGCACGGCCUGCUGGGAAGACACCUCAGCAGGAAGCUGCUUCAUAAGAUGGGGACGGGAGUUUGGUCGCCCGAUGGCGUCAUGGAGCGGGCGGUGUUGUGGGUGAGCCAGGUUUGGCAGCAGCUCAACGCCUGUCUGUCCCGUCUGGGGACCCAUGAAGCUUUGCUGGGCCCGCAGCUCUUCCUGUCCUGCCCUGUGGUCCCAAACAACACACAGGCAGUCGUCAGGUGGCUGGCUCGCCUCUGGAACGCCGUGGUUGUCCCCCGCGUGGAAGAAGCCAUUAUCUCGCGGGUAACUGCCAAGCGCUCCACUACCACCACCUCCUUUUCCCCAUCGCCGUCGUCGCAGCGACUGUCUCCUAGCAACUGUGGGCUGAGUGCCGGCCAGCAGGCAGUGGUGAAAGCUGCCCUCAGCAUCCUGGUCAACAAGGCAGUGCUCCAGGGCUGCCCUCUGCCUCGUCACGAGAUUGACAGGUAUCUGCUGGAGUUUCGGGGCGGGUCCUUCCCUUUGUCAGCCAUUGGCUCCUAUAAAGGAAGUGGCGGUGGAGGAGGGAGGAAGGGACGGGACAGCAGCAAGUUGAGACGAUCCAACACCAGCCCUCGGAAGAAAGGAAGCCCCGCCUUAAGCUGGAGCUCUGGCGGCUCCUUUAGAGAGGGUUCGCUGUCUAGCACCGAUGUCAGCUUCAUCUCCAAUGGCAAAGUCCCGAGGGAGCCCGUAGGUCUGUCUGUGUUCUCUGAUGAUGAGACCGAUUUAAUCAGAGAGCUGCAGACAAUGUGCACCAGCAAGUCAGAACCUGACAUCAGCAAGGCCAAAGACGACUUAAUCCUGUUCUCCAGCUCUCCCAGCGAAGCGACGCCCCCCCACAAGGCCGGGCAGGAAACCGCCGUCCAGCAGCAAGCACAGACGACCGUGGUCCGCCAGGCCGGCCUGGGCUCCAGCCACGCAGCCGCCCAGAGCAGCGACCCACGUUCAGGCUCUCGCGCCAAAUCUCAGCUCCCAAUCCCGAGCAGCAGGGGACAGCAGACCCGAUCCUCCAAUGCUGCCUCCAGCAGCCCCAGCCGAACCCAGACGCCCCCCCGCCGCAGCAGAACCACCAACAGCAGCAGAACAAAGCAGGCUCCACCCAGCAGCAACAACAACUACUACCGCAACCUAUACGAAAACCACCAAUCACACGAGGACAUCUGGAUCCUCCACAGAGACCUGCAUGAAAACAACAACAAGUAGACA